GCUAGUGACGACACUUCCCCCUCUCUCUCUCUGGAUUUAUCCCCGAAGUUUUUUCUCCCCUCUCGCCUUGAAGUCGCUGUGAAGUGAACUUUUCGCCCUCUUUGUCUGUUUAAAAGUCAAAAACACCGCCAUGUCGCCGCCGUCUCGACGGCUUCAGACGAAGCCAGUGAUUACCUGCCUGAAGACCUUCCUCAUCUCCUACAGCCUCAUCUUCUGGUUCACAGGCGUGAUCCUGCUGGCUGUCGGGGUGUGGGGGAAGGUGAGCCUGGAGGCCUAUUUCUCCCUGGCCUCUGAGGAGAGCACCAAUGCACCAUAUGUGCUCAUCGGGACCGGAGCCACCAUCGUUAUAUUCGGACUGUUCGGCUGCUUCGCGACGUGCCGCGGCAGCCCGUGGAUGCUCAAACUGUAUGCCAUGUUUUUGACCCUGGUGUUCCUGGCUGAGCUCGUGGCCGGCAUCUCGGGCUUCAUCUUCAGACAUGAGAUCAAGGCCAAGCUAGGUGUUGCCUAUAAGAACGCAGUGAAGUCAUACAAUAGCACAGAUACCAGCAGCUCUGCAGUCGACGCCAUCCAGAGGACUUUGCUUUGCUGCGGAGUGCAAAGCUUCACUGACUGGAAUGAGACCGCUUACUUUAAAGAGAAGGGAAUCCCUGCCAGCUGCUGCAAAGACAACGCCAAGUGCUCACAGGAGACCCUGAAAGACCUCGACAAGGCUGAGAAAGAGGUGUACACAACGGGCUGCUUCACACGGGUGACCAAUGCGAUGGAGGCCAACCUGGGAAUCAUCGCAGGGAUCUCUUUUGGGAUUGCGUUCUUCCAGCUCAUUGGGAUCUUCCUGUCCUGCUGCUUGUCUCGAUACAUAACCAACAACCAGUAUGAGAUGGUCUAACAGUGGCCUUCCACAGGUUACUGAUGGGCAGCUCCUGAUGCAAAUCGAGUUGAAAGAAUCCUCCUGUGAUUUUUAUUAUUGUGCUCGUGUUAGACGAUGUUGUUUUAGAGAGGGGAAAACACCCACUGCUUCUUUUAUUCAGCCUCACCGAUGACAAACGAGCAGAAGGGAAUAAUGUUAAAGGGAUGUUAUCUGCAGCGUAGUUUGACCAAAAAUAAAAAGGGACCUGGACAUAUCGGAGAACAUUUGUUACUCUUGAAUUUAAUUAGGGAUUUUCAUUAAGCCUAGACGUUAUUACAUAGAUGUCGUCACUUUCAUUUGAGUUAAUUACCUCCGCCAAUCGUCAAUAUUUCUGUUUCUUGUAUCAUUGUUUAAUGCAGCUGCCUUAUUUGUAAUUUUGCUAAAAUUAGUCUGUAGCUGAGCGGAUGAAAUCUAGACAAUAAGCUGAUAAAUGUUAAACUUCUCUACAACACUAAGUGAAUUUCUGUGUGUGAAAUAUAAGCCUGAGAGUUGGACAAGAGGUCGCCACCCUGAAAUCAAGUGUGUGUGAUUUACGGUGAGGACCUUAUUCUGUAGGCCAGUAUUGCUGAAAGCCUGCACUCAUGUGUGCCAAUUACAGUCGCCCAGCCAACUUCAACAUCACAGUUUUCAGUGUUAAAAUGUUUUUCUUUUGUGGAUGCAUGUGAAAUACUUGAAAAAGAAAAUAAAGAUGAAAGUGUCUUUAACAGUG